GUAAUUAUACCGUGGGUGUAUAGGGCUUUGGCGGGAGAGGUGGUUGGUGAUUGGGAUUAUCUGUCCUUGUAUACCUAUACCUGGUGAAUCUAACGGUUGAAUUGCGUUACUUGUCUCAUUCCGUCUGUAAUUCAAUAAAUUUGCGUUCGAAUUGUUAAGUUGAUGUGUAAUUUAUUUGUUCUACCUAAGAAGACGCGGCAAGUGCAAUAAAAGUCAGUGAUGUCAACUUGAGUGGCUCCAGGACGAGACACUGACCCACCGCUCAUGCUCGAUGGGUAUUUCCUUUGAAAGAGUCGAGAGGUGCUGAGCAAUGGGUUCAAUUGAAGAUAGCCAGCCACCAUCAUUUGAGGACCUGGGAAUACCCAUAGUUUCACAUACUCGUGUUACUGCGUUGGGAAAGAUCCGCUCGCUGGCCAGCCUGGACCGUCUGGAGUGGGCGUUCCUGGUGGGCUCGCUGCUGGCCACCCUGGCCACCGCCGGCCUGGGCACGGCCCGCCUGCUCAGCCUGCCGCCCCAGUCCGACGACCGCGUCUUCGUCUGGCUGCUGCUGCUCACGGCAGGGUUCGCGCUGGUCUACUCUGUGAACGGCGUGCUGCGCGAACAGGUCUACGAGCUGCUGGUGUACGCGCUGACGGCGGCCGUGCUCGCCGUCUACGUGCUGCUCAACUACCUCGACCCGGACACGCCCCGCGGAGCCAUCAAACUGGCCCGUCUGGUGGUGGCCGGGCUGUGCUCUCCGCCGCUGGUGGUUCUCGCCGUCACCCUGGCCGGCCGCUACUGGCAGUGCGGCGAGCUCGUGUUCCGCACGGUGGGCGCCAACCCGGCGCUGCAGCGGGCCUGCCGGCGAGUGCUCACUGCCCAGAGUCUGCUGAAGCUGGACGCGCAGCUGGCGCUGAGCACGGCGCUGCUGGUGGUGCGCGCCGGCGGCCCGCUCUCGCCGGCCGAGACGGCCGUGCUGGCGGCCGGCGCGCCGCUCAGCCUGCUCUGGUGGGCGGCCGGGUACGCGGCGCUGCGCUGGGAGUCGGCGCGCGCCGUCCGCUGGCUGUUGGCGCCCACCGGCCUGCUGGAGCCGGCCUACAUCGUCUGGCGGCUGGCCACCGAGCGGCGGCCCGACGGCGUGCUGCUGCAGUGCGAGCGGGCCGCCGGCGCGCUGGCGCUGCUCGUCCGACUCCUGCUCGUCAUAUGUCUGCUCUCCUGCGCCAACAAGUUCGGACUGGGCGUCAGCGAGCACAUGUACCCGGCGCGGCGGCCGGGCGGCGGCGACCGGCCGCCGCGGUACGGCUCGUUCGGCAGCAGCGGACAGGCCACUCCGCGCCGGCCAGCCGGCUCCCAGUGACGGCCGGCGGCGCGCCCUCCUUCCCCGCAGCGUUCAGGUACUGUCCGCCGCGUCCCCGUCAGCGGCUCCGCGGCCCACACUGCAGCCCGCCACCGCCGGGCGGCCCACACUGCAGCCCGCCACCGCCCGGCGGCCCACACCGCAGUCAGCCACCGCCCGGCGGUACUCACCACACUGCAGCCCGUCACCGCCCGGCGGCUCCGGGGUGUCCACGCUCUCCGCUCGACUUCCGACCUACCCGAGCUGAGUGCCCGGCUAAUCGCCGUCGCGUCGGCCGUCUCCCCGAUCGCUCCUGUCGCUGGUAGAAGUUCUGGGAAGUUGUAGUGCUUCUGAAAACCCACAACAGUCGGCUCCAACACACCCAUCCAGUCGCUCCAGAGAUACAAGUGGGCGACAGCCGGUUUGAACAUUCAGCAGGGACACCUCAUCACAAGGGCAUGUCUUAUUCAGUGUGAUACGGUAUUGAGUACUUUCAGCAUUCUUCUAUAUUGUCAGACUUUGCAGAGGAGGCGCGACAAACAUGUGGGCGGGCGUGUCUUUCUGCCUUGUGUCGCCCGAGAGGAUAUCCGUGCCAUUUUUGCUGUGGUUUAUAGUUGGUGUCAUGCUUGAAUUGCUGCAGAUUCGUCGCUAGUGAUACAUAGCCUAUACACCAUCUAUUAUUAUAACUAUAGGUACAAUCAUCAGUGUUAUGCUUUGAGAUUACUCAUUAAGAUACAUAUUCAUAUAACCAUGUCUGGUAUUGGCCAGUUUGUUAUUUUUAACCCUUAGGUACCUACUUUUACGUAUGUGUGUUAACUUUAAGGCGUUAUUAAUUGGUAAAUAAACAUUGUUUACUUACCAUCAUUACACAUUAUUCACUACUUACAUUCAUAAGUUAUUACACAUUUCUACUGAAUUACUUUGCCCAUCCAAUUCUUUUGUGCUGUGAUGGCCAGCAACGUAUUUCUGAGCAAAGAAAUGUACCCUCGUUUUUGCCACUUUGUUCAUGUUAUGGAAUACUGCUUAUUGUUCAAAUACCUGGUUCAUAUUAUGUUACUAGUCUAAGUUGCCUGUGCUGUUUGAAGGUCGGCGCGCCCGUUGUGCGGCGGCCGGCGAUGUGCGGACGGGGCCCGGUGUCUCUCCCUGCCCGGGUGGUCGCUAACAGAGGGUCUGUGGCGGCGCCCAGGCCGCUCCCUGCUCCGCCGUGAGCGGCAGUGGCUCCUCGGGUCUGUGACGCAGCCGUCGGGCGCUGGGAUGGUUCCGUGCCGGGACCGGUGUGUUCGUGUCGGGCCCCGGGAGAGUUGCCGUGUCUUUCCCUCCCUGGACUGAUCUUCGGCUGUUUGCUCCUCAAUUGCUUUUCGUACGUUUGCAUGUUUUUUUUUCAAUAUGGCGACACUUACUAAACGUUUGCUUCUUCGGCUCCGAAGCAAGUCCAGCAGGGUACCGAAACACGCGCCGCUGAAGGCCGUUUUCGUUUCGGGCUGCCGAUCACACUCUGUUAUCAUUAGCACUGCUGUCUGCCGUGGCCAGUGGCUGCUCGGGAUUUUCGUGUGUUGUAUUCGAUUCACACAAUCGCUUUACCUUCAUCAUACAAUUGGAAAUUCGUGUUUGGGGACAGUGUCCGUAGAGUGAGGUAGCGCCUUCAUCCGCUGACCAAUGUGGAGGAGUCGCUAUUCAUUAUCCUGACCAGACUUAGCCAUGGGUUUGCCUUCAUUGCAUUACAUCACAUUGCAUCACGACUUGCCUCCCCCGUGUCCUGCUCGGGAGUCGUGCUCGGGUGCAUUGGCGGGGCGCGCGGUGAUCGUUUGGGUCACCCAAGGCUGUGUGCGCGUCCUCUAUACACCCUCCCGAGACUCGGGGCUUUCGGCCGUCCACAGCCAAAUCAAUGUCCACUGGCAAAUUGGACAGUCGACGGCUGACUUGGGACGGAAUCGCCGCCACUGCUUUCACUUUUAAUAAGGACGAGUGUAUUUUGUACUAUCUAACUUGCCUUACAUGUGUAUUUUGCAGUGUUCUUGCUCUCAGAUGCAUACACGCUUUGCUUAUGAGAUUACGAUGCUCAUGUUUUCCAAUGUAUACCUGUCAAUACAUAUUCUCACUAUGAUGUGCUUGAUCCGGGUGUAGUUGUUCCUGGACGACAAUAGCUGGUAUGAGAUCGACUUUUGAGAGUCUGGGAUAUUGCUGAAUUUUACGUAUGAUGAUUGUUGUCCUUUUUUUUAGUUCCGCUUCAGUUUGUUUCUGCUUCAGGCAGACGUCUGUGCUGCGAUUGCUUCGAAUCUGGACUUCCCAGCUGAAGUGAUGCUUACUUGCUUGUGACCGCCUCAUUUUAUUCUUGACAUUUUCGAAGCAACCCAUGCUAAGGCUACGAGAGUCUGUAUUCCUCCAAUAAACAAUCGAUGCCUUUGA